UUAUAUUUGCUCAUCACCACCAGUUGAGGUCAGCAACGCACACUAGAAACAGCUUUACUUAGUUCGGAAUCCGGUAUUGGCUAGCGACAACAAGAGUCCACCAUGAAGUUCACAUGCAUUGUUGUUAUUUUUCUUGUAUUUGCCUGCACCAUUGCCACCGAGGCCAGGAGACUUGAAGAUGAUCCUGAUCAAGAACUGCUUCGUGAGUACGAGUGGCUUCUCAGAAAACGUUUUCAAAAGGUUGAAAAACGAAGCUGCAUUGCAGUUGGUGGAUCUGGAUGUGACGGUAACAAUGCUAAAUGUUGCAGAAAGGGAAAUCCAUACACCGGAACCAUGAGGAAAUGUGUCAACGUUGGUAGUUUCAUGGAACCUAACUACACAUGCAAGGAAUGAGGCCUGAGGAAAAAUAAAUGCAAGAAACACCAGUCAUUGUAUUUACAACCCACCAUUAAUAUUUAAAUACAUCACAAUUUAUUGUGGAUUAAUUAAUGUUGAUACGAUGCAGUAGAAAUGUUUAGUUGCAAAACAGCUUGUGAACGUAAUUUUAAAUAAAGUUUAAUCAUUCAUUUGUU